AAAGCAAAUUUACCUGGGAUGAAAUUGUUUUUCUUAGACCACAAGCCUUACCCGUUUUUCCUAUCCUGUUUCCAACUAUUUAGAUUGCUGAUGACUUCUAUUUGUUAACUCCCUUCAAUGAACUCAAAGACUAGUAUAAAAGAAAGGAACCUAAGUGAAUUAGGACUUGUUUUGUAGGAGGUUGCCAGGCUUUGAUCUUGACUAUUUUACUCCUGCAUUGAUCCCAAUCUUGUUGGCUAUAGUGGUGCAUAGAACCAUAAUGAUUCUUGGGUUUCCUUGGUGCCUGAACCUGAAGAUCAUGUGUAGAUUUAAAGCCAGGAGGGCCCUGAUAAGAGUUCAAUUUUCAUUAUAAAUAAAUAAUAAAUUAAAAAAAAAUUAGGCCUAGAGAGGUCAAAUAACUUUGAAGAACCUACAAGUAGUAAAGGGCAUCUGGGAUGUGACUCCAAAUCUGUUGCUUUCCCCUUUAUAUACCAUAAGUAUCUCAAAGCACCUAAUUUGAUGAAAUAUUCAAAUCAGUUUUGUAUGCUGUGAUACAGUAUGUUACUCUAUUUAAUUGAAAACUUCUCUUCCAUUAGAACACUGAAGUUGCCUAGCAAUGCUGGCAAACAUACCAUUUAGAAUUCUUAAUGUAAUAUCUCUCUGCUUGCUGUUUAUUUCCCAAAAUGAUAACUCUAAACAUAUUAAGGUAGAACUUGUUGAAUUUAAGUUUUGACAGAUUAUACUUCAGUGGACAAAAGCGAAAAGUGAUUAGAGCUAAUAAGGCAAACUCAAAAGACAAUCCAACUCCAGGAAGAGCUUUUAUCAGCAUGGAAGCAAAAGGGCAUGAGGCAAAUCAGGAAGAUGCUUCAUUGAGCAGCAUCAGAUCAAGUGGAAAAACUCCAGUUCAUGAAGGAGAAAGUGUAUCGUGGUGGGAGUCUCUCUGUAUCCUGAGUCAUGAGGCACAGCCCUACCCCCAGUCUUUACAAACAUCAACAGGUUCUACCAGUCCAUUUUUAGUGUCAGCUUGUCUUCGUGGUGCAGUGAAUGAAAACACUUCUGCACCUGUGACUCAAGCACAGAACUCUUUAUUCACUAAGUAUGAAAUGGAACUUGAAAGCCAGAGAAAACUUAUUCCUUACCCUGGAAAGGAACAUAUUGAACGGGUUUUAGAAGAGUACUCACAUCAAGUGAAAGACUUACAGAGAAGACUGAAUGAAAGUGCUGAGCUUCAUGAAAAACAGAAAUUCCAUCUGAGGCAGUCAGUCAUUGACUUGCAGACAAAGCUUCAAGAGAUGCAGAUGGAGAGAGAUGCCUUGGCUGAUAUCAGACGAAGGGAGACUCUUUCUCAGGAAGAUUUAAGAAAUCAACUCCAAACUACAAUUCAUGAACUUGAAACUGCCAAACGCCUUCAGGAAGAGAUGCUGAGGGAGAGCACCAAUCAGACAGAGCAGCUCAGAAAGGUGAUGCUCAGUCAUGAAGGAGUGCUCCAGGAAAUCCGAGCCAUUCUUGUGGACUAUGAAGAGACCACAGGCAAGAGAAUAUAUGAGCAUGAGACCAUCUCUACUCUCCACGUGCGCAACUUGGGCACAGCUAUUAGUAAACUUCUAAGAGAAUUAGACACGGAAGUGUCUUAUCUUAAAGGGAGGAUUUUUCCAGUAGAAGAUCAACUCGAAUCAUUGAAAACUGAAUCACAGAACAAAAUAGAACUGCUUCUUCAGCAGCAUCAAGAUAGGAUUGAGCAAUUAAUGAAUGAGCAUGAACUUGAAAUAACAGGACUGAGUGAGAAAGCUAGCAGUGCUCGGAGCCAAGCCAACAGUAUCCAGAGUCAAUUGGAAAUCAUUCAAGAACAAGCAAGGAAUCAAAAUUCAAUGUAUAUGCGUCAGCUCAGUGAACUGGAAUCUACUGUUUCUCAACUACGUUCUGAAUUAAGAGAAGCCAAAAGGAUGUAUGAAGACAAGAUAGAAGAUCUUGAGAAGCAGUUAGUCCUGGCCAACUCAGAACUGACCGAGGCCCGCACUGAGCGUGAUCAGUUCAGUCAGGAAUCUGGAAACCUGGAUGAUCAACUUCAGAAAUUGCUGGCUGAUUUACAUAAAAGGGAAAAGGAGCUAAGUUUGGAAAAGGAGCAGAACAAGAGGCUUUGGGACAGAGACACUGGCAACAGCAUUACCAUUGAUCAUCUACGCCGGGAAUUGGAUGACAGGAACAUGGAAGUGCAGCGUCUGGAAACACUAGUAAAAACCAUGAAGACUGAGUGCCAAGGGCAGAUGGAGCGCCAGAUGGCAGCAAUUCAGGGAAAGAAUGAAAGCCUAGAGAAAGUGUCUUCCUUGACUGCUCAGUUGGAAUCUACCAAAGAAAUGCUCCGCAAAGUUGUGGAGGAGCUGACUGCCAAGAAGAUGACCCUGGAAAGUUCUGAGAGAACUGUGUCUGAUCUGACACUGUCUCUGCAAGAGAAAGAACGAGCCAUUGAGGCAACCAAUGCAGAGAUCACCAAGCUCCGUUCUAGAGUUGACAUAAAGUUACAGGAGCUCCAGCACCUUAAAAAUGAAGGGGACCACCUCCGAAAUGUGCAGUCCGAAUGUGAGGCCCUCAAGCUGCAGAUGGUGGAGAAGGACAAGGUCAUUGAGAUCUUGCGUCAGCAGAUCGAGAACAUGACUCAGCUGGUUGGCCAGCAUGGGCGUACGGCUGGGGCUAUGCAGGUGGAAAAAAAUCAGCUCGAGAAAGAGAUCAAUGAUCGUAAGCUAGAACUGCAGGAAUUCAAGAUUAUAAAAGACAAGAAAGAUUCAAAAAUACGUGAACUUGAAGCCCGGCUAAGUGACUUGGAACUUGAAAAGGUGAAGCUGGUGAAUGCUGGGUCUGAACGGCUCCGUGCAGUAAAGGACAUGAAACAGGAGAGAGACCAGCUCUUAGCUGAGGUGAAAAAUAGUCGGAAUGAGCUCUCCAGUCUUUCAGAGGACUAUGAAGUUUUGAAAAGAAAUUAUCGGAACAAAAGUGAAGAGAUGGAAUGUACCACAAACAAGCUGAAAAUGCAAUUGAAAUCUGCACAGGCUGAACUGGAGCAAACAAGAAAUACUUUAAAGACAAUGGAAGGAUCUGAUGGCCAUGCCAUGAAAGUUGCAAUGGGAAUGCAGAAGCAAAUCACUGCCAAAAGAGGACAAAUAGAUGCCCUGCAGAGCAAGAUUCAGUUCUUGGAGGAAGCAAUGACAAAUUCAUCUAAGGAGAAGCGUUUCUUAAAAGAAGAGAAAAAUAAACUAAGUCAAGAAUUGAACAUUGUUGCAACAGAAAAAAACAAAAUGGCAGGGGAGCUGGAGAUCCUGAGAUCCCAAGAGCGGCGUUUGAAAGAAAAAGUUGCUAACAUGGAAAUUGCUCUUGAUAAGGCAUCUUUGCAGUUUGCAGAAUGUCAAGACAUAAUCCAGCGUCAGGAGCAAGAAUCAGUAAGAUUGAAACUACAGCACACAAUAGAUGUAAAGGAACUUCAGAAUCCAGGCUAUACUUCAAGUUCUUCAGUGAAACAGCGCCUUAUACCAUCAUUGCCUACUUCCCGACCCCACUCUGCUAAUUUACCAACUUCCCAGUCUGCCAUCAGCUAUGUAUCUCACAUACCAGCCAAAGUUGCUAUCCUGAAAGAAGACCCUACAAGGGACUUAAAACAACUUCUUCAUGAGCUGAGAAGUGUCAUCAAUGAAGAGCCCUCUGUGUCUCUGCCUAAGAAUGAUGGUGACAUUGGAAGACCCUCCACUGGAGGAGCCAUUCACAAGGGAGUAGAUGAUGCAGUCAGAGAUUCACUUACUGAUUCUAAACUGAGAACAGAGAUGUUCAACAGAAGCAGUUCAGUUAGAGAAACCCCUGACAGCACUAGGUCAAGUGAAACUUAUAGCAGAGAUCCUGCAACUUUACAUGCUGGAGACCUGGAGGAUACAUCUACUACCUUCACUUUUCCAUCAAGUGUAAGUCCUUCAAUUGUAGCUGGCGGGAGUCGCUAUGGCACUUCCCCUAAAAAAUUCUCCCAGGAGCCCAAGAGCACAGAGAGGACUCCACCGCACCCCCACUUGACCAGCUCAGCUGAAGAUUCUCUAUCCUCCAAAUCAGACUACAGAGCUGCUAAACUAACCCAUACGUCUGACAUUAAAGUUUCUCAGAAUCAACCAGUAGAAACAACUGGAAAAACCUGUAGGAAGCUACAGAACAGACUGGAAAGUUUACAAAAUCUGGUAGAAGAUUUACAAAUGAAAAACCAAGCAAUGUCUUCAAUGAUCAGGAAUCAAGAAAAAAGGAUACAAAAAGUAAAAGAUCAAGAGAAGAUGCUAUUGAAAUGAACCAUCCCUUGCUUCAUUAUUACAUAUGGACUAUGCCUGAUUAGCUGUCAUGUUAAACAUACUUAUUAUUCUGUGGAAGGUUUUUUUCUGUGAAAGUUUAAUAAAAGAGUCAGAGUCAGAGUCAAUAAACAUUUAUUAAGCGCCCACUCUA